AUGACAGGAAAUCAAAUUUCCGGUGAGAUCCCACCUGAAUUCGGCAGAUUGUCAAUGCUUCAAGAUUUCAGCUUAUCUUCCAAUUAUAGGGUAUCUAGACCUCUGGGGAAAUAUAUAGGGUAUCUAGACCUCUGGGGAAAUAAUCUCACAGGGCCUAUACCAAAAGAAAUUGGGAAAUGCACAAAACUAUUGUCACUAAAUUUAAGGGACAAUGAUUUGAAUGGGACCAUACCUUACCAGAUCGGAAGCCUGGUCUCUUUACAAUCUCUUUUGGACCUUAGCCGGAACUCAAUUUGGGGUCCUAUCACAUCAGAUUUCUCAAAGCUAAGCUCACUAGAGAACCUCAACCUCUCUCACAACAAUUUAUCUGGUGAAAUUCCAGCACUUUCUGGCAUGGUCAGCUUAUUGUCAGUCGAUAUAUCACACAACAAUCUCGAAGGACCCUUGCCAGAUAUUCUGGCCUUUCAAAGAGCUCCAGCAACAUCUCUUGCUGGAAUCCCCAGGUUAUGUGGCAAAAUAAAUGGACUGCUCCCAUGUAAUGAAAACCAAAGUCCAGUUUUACAACCAAAAAACAGCAAAAAAAUUGUGAUUGCAAUCGUCGUAUCCAUUGCUGCAGCCCUUGCCCUCCUAGCCCCCAUGGCUGGAAUAUUUGCCCUCUGCCACAAAACCCUACAUACUCCAAAAUCAUCCAAGGAAACAAAUGACGAGAGUGAGCCACUGAUAUGGAGUAGCGAUGGGAAGUUUACAUUUAAUGAUAUUAUUGAGGCAACUGAGAACUUUUGCGUAGGGGAGGGUGGCCAUGGGAGAGUGUAUAAGGUUGUGCUCCAGGAGGACCAAAUAGUUGCUGUGAAAAGGUUGCAAUUGCCUCAGAAUGGCGAGAUGGUUGUCCAGAAAAGCUUUGAAAAUGAAAUUAGGGCACUCACAAAUGUGAGGCACCAGAAUAUCGUCAAGCUUUAUGGAUUUUGUGGAAAGCAAGGAUUCAUGUACUUGGCGUAUGGAUAUAUGGAGGGUGGAAGCGUGGCUAGGGUUCUCCAAGAUGAGAAAGAGGCAAAAGAGCUGCCAUGGAGGAAGAGGCUACAUGUCGUGCGUGGAGUGGCCCGUGCCCUGUCUUACCUACACCAUGAUUGUGUGCCGCCUAUUGUGCACAGGGAUGUCUCAAGUAACAAUGUGCUGUUGGAUUCAGACUAUGAGGCUUGCAUCGCUGACUUUGGUACUGCCAAGUUGCUGAAUCCAGAUUCAUCGAAUUGGACCGCAGCUGCAGGGACAUAUGGCUACAUGGCACCAGAACUCGCAUAUACAAUGAGGGUGACAGAGAAAUGUGAUGUCUAUAGCUUUGGAGUCAUCGCUCUUGAGGUAUUGACAGGAAAGCAUCCAGGAGAGCUGCUCAAUUGCUUAUCAAAUGGGCAAGAAGUAAUUUUAAGCGAUGCAUUGGACCCACGACUCCUCCCCCCAACUGAUCAGCUGGCUGAGGAAGUAGUCUUCACAGUGAUGCUAGCAAUGGCUUGCAUUCGUACCAUUCCGGAGUCUCGCCCUACCAUGAGAUACAUAUCACAAGAGUUAUCAGCUCCUAUACAAGACUUCCAUUCAGAGCACUUGGGCACCAUCAGAAUGAGCAAAUACAUGUAAAUAAUAACUUCUUUUUUAUUGAUGGCAAAUACUUAGUCUUUUCUAUUUCAUAGGAGUUGUUAGAUAUACUUGUUCGAAGGGAAUUUGAGUACUAUUUCUAGAAGGAAAGUGUGAAUUUCUGUCAUUCAACAAUUUGAAAGCAGUUUAUCCUGUUGCAAGCAUUCAUGAUUCCCCUUGUUUCUCACACAAAGGACUUGUUGGAGUUAUAUUAAACGUCCUGUACGGCAAUAUAGAUUUGUUUUAUUUGAAAUGUAACAUAGGGUUUGUUUUUUCAAACAACGUGUUUCUUGGAGGAUCUAAAUUUUCCUUGAGGCACAUGAUUUUGUAAGCCUUCUAUUUAUGGCCAUAAUGUAUUGUAGCCAAGCAGGCUAGCAUAAAUCUGUAAAUGGUUUUUCAAUAAAGUACGUGUAAAUUGUUAUGAGGAGAUUACUUUCUUUUUUUGAGGAAAAAUUUGGGUUUUUUUUUUUUCAUUUUUAACUCCUUCGAUGUAUAGUAAUCUGGAAUUAGAAUGUGGAAUCUAAGGUAUUAAGAAUCAGUACUCUGAGCCACGAUGCUGUUUUGGUGGUUGAGGAAAAUGGGGGCCCAAAGAACCACACCAGAUAACAACUAUGAAUAAAUACUAACCCUACUCACAAAGUGACUUACGAAAAACAUGACCAGAUGUAUUCUAUGAAUAUUAAACCUGCUAACAAAGUGGUAUUCAUCUAUCAUUCAUUAAAACAAACUGAUAUACAUACAAUUGAUCCUUCAAAUUCACAAUCGACAUUCACCACAACAUCUAUAAAACUCAUUGUUAUUAAGUAUGAAACAAAAAGUGAAGAUCUUCUUCGAAUCCUCAUGAAAAGGCAAGCUAAUUCU